AUGUCUCAAAAGACCGCUAUCAUCUCCGUCUAUGACAAGACUGGACUCUUGGAUCUGGCCAAGGGUCUGAUCAAGCAGAAUGUUCGCCUGGUUGCAUCUGGCGGUACCUCCAAGAUGAUCCGUGAGGCUGGCUUCCCUGUCGAGGAUGUCGUUUUUAUCACCUACGCCCCCGAGAUGCUCGGUGGCCGUGUCAAGACUCUUCACCCCGCUAUUGACUUCGUCGUCUGUAACUUGUACCCCUUCAAGGAGACUGUCGCCAAGGUCAACGUCACUAUUGAUGAGGCCGUUGAGAAGGUUGAUAUUGGUGUGACUCUGCUCCGCGCUGCGGCCAAGAACCACAAGCGUGUCACUAUUCUGUCAGACCCAACCGACUACCACGAGUUCCUUAAGGAGCUUGAGGCCGGCCAAAUCACCGAGGCCAGUCGCAAGAUGUACGCUCUCGAGGCCUUCGAGCAGACUGUCGAAUACGACGCUGCUAUCUCUUCCUUCUUCCGCAAGGAGUACGCCGGCAAUGGCGUUCAGCAGCUCUCCCUGCGCUACGGCACCAACCCCCACCAGAAGCCCGCUUCCGCCUACAUGGCUCAUGGCAAGCUGCCCUUCAAGGCCCUGAACGGCUCCCCCGGCUACGUCAACCUGCUCGAUGCCCUUAACGCCUGGCCUCUGGUCAAGGAGCUUAAGCAGGCUCUUAGCUUCCCCGCUGCUGCCAACUUCAAGCACGUUUCCCCCGCCGGAGCUGCCAUCGGUGUUCCUCUCAAUGAGAAUGAGCGUAAGGUGUAUAUAGUGGACGACAUCCAGGGUAUUGAGUCAUCUGGUCUCGCCCAAGCCUACGCUCGUGCCCGUGGUGCCGACCGCAUGUCUAGUUUCGGCGAUAUUUUCGCUCUGAGUGACAUUGUUGACGUACCAACUGUCAAUAUCAUCUCUCGUGAGGUCUCUGACGGUGUUACUGCCGCUGGUUACGAGCCCAAGGCUCUUGCAAUUCUCUCCAAGAAGAAGGGCGGCAAGUACCUCGUCCUGCAGAUGGAUGAGAACUACAACCCUGACCCCGAGGAGAGCCGUACUCUGUACGGUGUACAGCUGACCCAGCACCGCAACGAUGUUAUCAUCUCGCCCAGUAAGACAUUCACCAACAUCAUCACCCCCAAGGGUCAAACUACCCUUCCCGAGGCCGCUCUCCGCGAUCUUACUGUUGCCACCAUUGCCCUCAAGUAUACUCAGUCCAACUCUGUCUGCUAUGCCCUCAACGGUCAGGUCAUCGGCCUGGGUGCUGGCCAGCAGAGCCGUAUUCACUGCACUCGUCUUGCCGGUGAUAAGGCCGAUAACUGGUGGAUGCGCUUCCACGACCGAACCAUCAACCUCAAGUGGAAGCAAGGUACCAAGCGUGCCGACAAGAGCAACGCCAUUGACCUGCUCUGCUCAGGCCAAACUCCCCGCCAUGAGGCCGAAAAGGUUGAGUACGAGCGCGUCUUCGAGGAGGUCCCUGCUCCCUUCACCGCUGAGGAGCGCGAGGCCUGGCUGUCCAAGUUGGGCGAGGAUAAUGCUAACCCCUUCAUUAAUUCCCCUUCAUCGACAAUGUUUUCCGUGCCGCUCGCUCUGGAGUCAAGUACAUCGCCGCCCCCAGCAGUAGCCAGAACGAUGUCCCUAUCUUCGAGACUGCUGAGAAGUUGGGUAUCACCUUUGUUGAGCAGUCAACUCGUUUGUUCCACUACUAGAGCUUGA